CAGCGCUCGGGUACAACCGUCCAUGUUUCAACAUAUUUUGGGGCGUUAACUAUUUGUUUCAUCAACACAGAGAGUGGAAUUGUUUUAGUCGUGAGAAAAACAACAAUGACGCAAAUAGACGAUUCGUUUAAUAUGGCAAGUUUGACAGGAAUGCUUCUGGACGUUUCUGGAUCAAUGGCUCAGAAUGCUGGUGAAGUACAGCAAGGAGGGGAGUGGGUGAAUUCAGUAUUUGAAGUCAUGGAUAACCUUAUCAAAAACGACUUGUCCUCUGAGCAUAAAGUGUUUGCUGUUGGUGUGGGUGCAAAGUUUAAAUCUGGACUAUUUGACGUGCUGAGAACAAUAGAACCUUUUAAGGAUAUAUCUAGUCGCAGUAAAGUUUCGUAUGAUGUUAUUUUAGAUGGUAUAUUCUCAAUCCUAGAAAAAAACGGAGCAAGUCAGGUACGCAAAUGGGCACCCACUUAUACUGUAAAGUCUGUAGUUUCUCAUGAAAUGGCUUCAGCAGUGUUCGAUAAGUUACAAGCCGAGAGCAGUUUUGCAAAGAAAGUUGCCCAAGAGUGUCUACCAGAUGCUUGCAGAGACUGGACGGAACCUGGAAACUUCGGACAUUCUCUUAGUACUGGUUUUUCUUGGGUUUAUGCAUCUGUAGUCACACCAUUUAAGCAGGCAACAAAAAAAGAUAUUGAAGAGGUGCAAGACAGGAUAUUUUCAUUAAUGAUGAAAGACGUUGAAUCAGAAAGUAUUUUGUCAGCUAAAAAAGCAUCGACCAUUAUUAAUGGAUGCAUUGAUGAUCGCAGACAACUGGAUUCACAAAGAAUAAAAGAGUUGAAGGAAAUUGUUAGGCCAUUCAUUUAUGGCGACACGCCUUUGUUUAAGGCUCUUCGUAAGGCAACGCCGUUAUUUCGUAACGCAAAGUACAAAAAGAAGCUUUUAUUCAUCAUAUCAGACGGAAUGCCAAACGAUCGGGGGGACAUUGAGUCGAUUAAAAGGGAGCUCAAAGAGGCUGGAGUUACUGUUGUAAGUUGCUAUAUUACAAGAUCACGAAAUGUUGAUCCGCGACACCUUUUUAAUAAGUCCGACCAACAAUGGGAAGUUGGUGCUCAGUUUUUAUUCAAUCUGUCUUCAACCAUCACAACACAAUCACUCCCAAGAACAGUCUUCAUUAAAAAAGGUUGGAAAGUUGAUUUCGAAAACAAUGAAAUCAGGUUGUUUCUGCAGGUUAACCAUCCUAAACACAUUAAUGAAGUUUGUGAUCUAGCGCGAAAUGUUGUUUGUUCUCGGGAAGUGCUUUCCGAUAUGCUUACCUCAGUAUCGCUGGAUAUUUACAUCAAUCAAAGCACAACCGGAUUCAAAGCGCAAGAAAAGCAAGUUGGGGGUACUUGCUAUGCCCACGCAUCAGCUGCGGUUCUUCACUUGUCUCUGAAGCGUAUUCUUGGAAGGCAUGGUGGUUAUCCCGAAUUUAAAACACUGCGGGAUGAAAUGGUUAGUCUUCAUGGAUCAGACGGAGCAGUUACAUAUGACGUUCUUGAAAAGAUUUGUCCAAAGUACAGACUACAUAGUGAAAAGGUUAAAGUUGUUGGUGCCUUGGAAGCGAUCACCGAAAAGAGACCCGUGGUUGCUAUAUUUUGUCUUACUGAUCCGGAAUGGGAAAUCUUCAGAUGGUUCUACAAGAAAAACCCAAAAGGAAUUCUCGGCAAAACCGAACUGGACUUACAGAGACCAUGUAAACCUGAAAAAUUAAAGGGACAUGCAGUUGUUCUAACUAGCUUUAACAGUGAGUGCCUGUAUCUUAUGAAUUCGUGGGGAGAUGGCUGGGGAGAUAUGGGUUUCUUCAGGGUUCAAAGUGCCGAUGUUCUGGACCUUAAAUUCAUCGAUGUCUACUGGACCGAAGAUGAUCUACUUGACAGUGAAAAGGAAUAUUAUCAACAGCACGGAUCCCAAGUAGCAGCAGAUUUGAUUCGUAAAUUGCAAGGAUUGCAGCAAGCCAGAUACACGUGUCCUCUAUGUGAGACAGAAUCGUUUGUUGCCGAGUUCACAGGUACAUUGUCAAGUGCGACGUGCCCAUCUUGUGAAGGAAGCUUUGAAUGUGGAGAGUCCGGUAAUAUCCUAGCAUUGAACAUGUAUCUUCUUUCUUUGACCCGAUAGACUGCAAAUUUAUGAACAAUGCUGUAUUUGGUCAAUAUGGAAAAACAGCUAAUCUUUAAAUAUUGAUUACCCAUUUAUUCAAUUUCACACAGAUAAAUUCACGCAGAUAAACUAUAACGUAUUCAUAAUGAGAUAAAGUCGGUGACGAGAAAAGGCCAACAGAUGAACAAUCUAGGUAAACUGAGCGGCAUGUCCAGAAUUGCAGAAGUAGCAAAAUAAUAAACCAAAUAUAUAAUUUUUAAAUGGAACCAUAUGUGCAUAAAAUAAGAAACAAGAAAUAAAAUUUAAAAGUGAAAUCCCUAUAAACAUAAUAAUAUUAAGAUGCCUAUAAUCUUUACUUAAUCUUUUCUUCCAUGCUUGCAUACUGCUCUCUGAACCUGUAUUCCAUUUCUCUUGACCCAUCUCAGAUUUGCUCCUCCAUUUUCUUAAUCUGUCAUCUUUUUAAAAAAUUUAGUGUAUUGUGAAUCUUUGAUUGCUUGAUUUGGGGGAAUAUUGCCUAUAAUAAUAGCCUAUGACAUAGGUCUAGAAAUUUUAACAAGAAAUGCUCAAAAUGGAUACCAUAAGAGAACUUAAGUUUUUCAACAAUUUGCAGGCAUCUUCUUGACUUAUGAAAUUGCAUUGCUGAUGAAAAGUGAGGGGACCAACCCCACUUAAAAAAUAUAUGGGGAGAGACGUGUCCCCUUUCCCCGUGAUCUGCGCCCAAGGCUCCUACUUGUUCGAAACUUAAGGAAUUCCAUAUGUUUAUUAUUUUGUUAAUCAAUUUAAUUCUUAUUGGUUCCUAGUAUUGGUUAACACCCUAAGUCACUUUUCAUUCCCAAUCUUGGUUUCCAGUCAUCCAUCACUUUAGGUGGACAAGAUACUUCCUUUAUAGGACCACAAAAACGUACAGUACCUUAACAAAAUUCCAUGGGGAACAACCUACCAAGAAAUAGUAAGGUAUUGCACACUGUUGAUUAUAGGAAAUUGAAUGCAUCUCCAGGUUAAUACCCUAUACUUGAACUGUAUUAUUUUAAUCUAAAGGAAAACAAAUAAAGAAUUAUCAAAAUACAUUGAUUAAUAUAAUACAUUUCAAGGUUUAAUAAACACAAGAA